AUGAGUGACCACGCAGCAGACUGGAUUCAGGACAAGGCUUUUGGCUGGCCUGACCAGCCGGCCGUCAAUAAGAUCGAUACACACCAUCAUUUUGUUCCGCAGUUCUACAGUGCAGCGGUUGAACAGGCUGGUGGAGAUCCAAGUGGUUGGCCAACUCCAAGUUGGUCUCCUCUUAGCACUGAACUCAUCAUGAACCGACUCGGUGUUCAAACUGCCAUUCUUUCUAUUACUGCUCCUGGAGCUUGUAUUCUGAAAGGACAGGCUUCAUUCGACUUAGCCCGCAAGAUGAACGAAUACGCCGCAGAACUGCGUGAUAAAAAUCCUCAAAAGUUUGGCUUCUUUGCCUCUCUACCCAGUCUGUUGGAUACCGACGCCGCUCUUGCAGAACUCAACUACGCCAUGGACACUCUUCAUGCAGACGGCGUCGUUCUCUUCACCCGCUAUGGCGAUAACAACACCUACCUAGGCCAUGAAGCCAUCGAGCCUAUCUGGGCAGAGCUGAAUCGGCGAAAGACCGUUGUUUUCGUGCAUCCCACUCAUCCUGUAGACACAAACAAGGUGAAUUCGCGACUGCCCCAGCCGUCGAUCGACUAUCCACACGAAACCACCCGGACAGCCAUGGACAUGAUCACAUCCAGAACCAGAGCGAAAUACCCAGACUGCAAAGUCAUCUUGUCCCACGCAGGAGGCACAUUGCCCUACAUCAUCAGCCGGUCGGUGAUCCCUCUCAGCAAGACCCCGGAUAUCGCUGCGUCUCGCAGAAUGGGAACCACGCAUGACGAGGCUGUCGCUGCUUUCCGUAGCUUCCAUUAUGAUCUGGCAUUGUCCGCCUCUCCUCAGGUGCUCGAUCUGCUUCUCAAAGUUGUUCCUCACGAUCAGAUCCUAUACGGGAGUGACUUUCCAUAUGCCCCUCCGCCGGCGUAUCCGGCGUUUUUGGAGUCCCUUGAGAAGUACGACAUGGAUCAGAAUCUGAGAAAUAAGAUCAACUUUGGGAACGCUCGAAAGUUGUUUCCAAGGCUUGCACAGGGCAAGUAG